UACCUUUUCUUUCCUCCUUCUGCACUCUCUUUAACUGGCUAUUUCCGGCUCAGUGAGUACCUGUUUAGAGUGGUAGAAACGGCGGAAUCGUGCGCCGCCGAAGCCUACUCGCGGCACCACCUUGCCUUUCCGUUGCGUGAUCCUGAGAGUCGUGCUAUCGGAGUCGUGGACAUCUGCACAGAAGCAUUUGCCAAGCGAAUGAACGUCAAGCAGACGAACCUACUCAGUCGAAUGAUGGCAUUGAUUCAGGCAAGUGCCUCUUCCUAUUCCUUUCGCCAUUGCCCUCAUUUUUCAGUUCGCCAGAAGAUCUACCCUCUGAGUAUGGCCAAAUUAGUUUGGCUUAGGUGA